AGCAGCUGCGGCUUUAAGCCGCCGUCUGGGAUGGGCUCACUUCAUAACGUCAUUUCACUUUUCCCUUGUGUUGCUCGCCCCCUCACCACCGUCCCUCUCCGACGGAGACAGCCCCCCCCCCCCACACACACACACCCCGUGCUCCGCUGCACCUCCGGACACAUUCUCCUCGACAAUGAUUAUUCCCAACUUCCUCUCGGUUUUUCUACCCGCGGGGCAUUUUUCCGGGGCCUCAACUUUUCUGGCGUGUCAUCAUUUCUGGAGUUAACGCGGCGGAGUCAUCCGAGGCGACGCUGCGCGCUCCCCAUCUGGGUCGUUCGGCACGAGACACCAGGAAAUGCAGCGUUCGCGCUCGCCCGGAGGUUUCCGCGUCGGAAGUUGACGAGCGCGGGGAAACGAAGAUGUGCCGCUCCGGCGCCCUGGUGUGACUGUGCUCCUGCUCGUCACGAUCACAAUGAUGUUUUCUCCCCUGUCCCUGUCUCAGGAUGAGUUCCAUCCGUUCAUUGAGGCUCUGCUGCCCCAGGUCCGUGCCUUUGCCUACACAUGGUUCAACCUGCAAGCCAGGAAGAGGAAGUACUUCAAAAAACAUGAGAAAAGGAUGACGAAAGAAGAAGAGAGAGCUGUUAAAGAUGAACUGCUGGGGGAGAAAGCAGAGGUGAAACAGAAAUGGGCCAGCCGUCUUUUGGCUAAGCUCAGAAAGGACAUCAGACCUGAAUGCAGGGAAGACUUUGUCCUGUCGGUCACUGGGAAGAAAGCUGCGUGUUGUGUCCUGUCGAACCCCGACCAGAAAGGCAAAAUGAGACGCAUUGACUGCCUCCGACAAGCCGACAAGGUGUGGAGGUUGGACCUGGUGAUGGUGAUCCUGUUCAAAGGAAUCCCAUUGGAAAGCACAGACGGAGAGCGGCUGGUGAAGGGAGGCCAGUGCUCCAACCCGGUGCUCUGCGUCCAGCCUCGCCACAUCUCCGUCUCCGUCAAAGAGCUCGACCUCUACCUCGCUUACUACGUCCAGGAGAGAGAGGCAGAGCAGAGCAGCAGUCCCAGUCGUACAGGGGUGGGCUCUGACCAGGAGGACAGUCGAACCACCACCAUGGGUACUGUGAAGGAGGAGCCGUCCUUUGUCUAUGGUCCAGAGUUCCAGGAGAGUUUUGUGACGUCGGGAGUUUUCAGUGUCACUGAGCUGGUCCAGGUUUCGAGAACUCCAGUCAUCACAGGAGUCGGUCCCAGUUUCUCUGUGGGGGAGCUCCAGGGUCAUCUGGCCUACGACCUCAACCAAUCAGUCAACCAGCCAGUUAGCAUCAGACGAUCACUGGCCAGCACCUCAUCCAGCGGGAGUAAGCGUCACAAGUCCGGCUCCAUGGAGGAGGAGGCUGACAGUCCAGGAGGGGAGUACUACCACUCCCCUUCCUCUCCAGCCAGCAGCUCCAGGAACUGGACUGAUGACAUGGAAGGAGGUCUGUCUCCUCCAGUGAAGAAGGCAGAGCUGGACAGUCCUUCUCCCCAGGAAGACUCACCAAGACUGGGAUCCUUCACUCAGCACCACCGGCCAGUCAUAGCGGUGCACAGUGGUUUGUCGCGGAGCACCCACCCCUCCUCUUCGCUUCACUUCCCAUCCUCCUCCUACUUCCCUCACGGAGCGAUCCGCUAUCCUCCUCACCUGGCCCAGGACCCCCUGAAAGACCUGGUCUCAUUGGCCUGUGACCCUGCCAAUCAGACCUCCAGCUCGUUGAACGGCAGCAGCCAGAUCAAAGUGCCCAGUCACUACAUCUCCUCUCAGAUGUUGGCCCCUCCUGGACCGGGAGGACCCCUGACCCGGCCCACCCUGGCUGCAGAGUCCAAGGCCACGACCACCUCCUCUGACGGGGGAGCACACUCUCCCACUUCACCCACAUACUCGGCCCCCGGGACCCCCCCUGCCAGUCGCUCCUCCUUUGUUGGAGUCACCCCUCGAGACCCAGGUGGACUCUACCAAGCCCAGUCUUGGUAUCUGGGCAACUGAGGGACCUCUGGAGGACGGCUGAUUGUCGCGGUGGCACUGUCAUCGAGGAGAGGAAACAAUGUUGUCAAGACAUUGCCAAAGGAAAAAUAUAUUCAACUUUGUAGACGCAUAUAACACAUGGUGGUACAUAUGUGUAAAUAUACAGUGGGAUAUAUUUACAUAUGCGUACGAAACCAGAAGGGAGAGAGCAUGGACCGGAGGAGUGUACUGCUCUCGCUCAGCCAUUUUUGCAGCCCCAGAAUGUACUUUGCUAUAUGACACUAAAUGGUUCUCGCAGACAGCCACUGACAUGAGCUGUGAUUUUCUAGAGGAAGCGGUGGAAUGAUGCAGAUGUCUGGUUGGUCCAGAUGGACUGCAGCCCGGAACCAGGGCUCAAGCCUCGAACCUAACCAUGUCCCCAGGAGGAGGCCUGUUUUCCCUGGGAUGGAUGUCAGCCUUUACCCCUCUCCACCCUGGGACAGACGUAGACCUCACCCCUCUUCAACUCCCAGAAUGCCCCCUCCGCUGCAGGUGCUGCUUAUAAUAUAUGCAAAUAAGCCUCCCCUUAUUUUCUGAACCAACUAGCAAGAGAGAUCCUGCUGUUAAUAUGUAAAGUUUCUUUGCACUUUUUGAUAUGUUAUUGAUACAUCUGAAGAAAAUGAAGAGUCGGAACAGCGCAUUUUUGCCCUCUCUUUCCACUAAAGUACAGAGGCUUUGUCUUUUUUUAUUGACAAUCAUCAGGCUGAAACCAUUACGUUGCUUUGCGAGGCUCUUGUUUCUAAGACUGAUUAUGCUUCUUUUUUUUUUAAAUCAGUCAACAAUGAGUGAUCGUGGAAUAUAAGAGCUAUAUCCAUGCCCCCUGGAACGCUUCAUGCAAUGCUACAGCUGGACACCAGUAUAGAGUCACCAGUAACACUGGGGCUUUCAAGUCUUUAGCAAAAGGGCAUCAUUUGACACAGAGGUCCUGCUGCUCCCUCCCAUUCAAAUGCUCAUUCAUGUUGUGAGGACAGUACCGAAGGCACAACAUGUGGAGGAGACGUGCACCUGCCAGAAGGAAACGACUUCGAGAACUGAGAGAAGACCAAGACAAGACUAAAACCAAGGUCAUGUGGCCGCACGGCCAGCUGUAGACUGUGUGUGUGUGUGUGUGUGUGUGUGUGUGUGUGUGUGUGUUUGUCAGAGAACACAGUGACUGGUUUGUACUCGUAUGUAGGUAGGUCAGAAGGAAAUGUACAGGUGUGGAAGUUGUGACCAUGGUGCAUGUUGGUAAGCUGGUCGUCGAUGCUUAUGACAACAGGUCAUGUGCAUGCUGACUUGAGCCAAGCACAAACUCAGGUGGUCACUUGUCCAGACGUAGAAGAAGUCCCCGACCCAACCUGAGAGUAGCCGUAAGGGUUUGGGCUGGGUAGGAGUUGGAGAAGGACACAGAUGAACAGAAAGACAAGUUAGCCACAGUGCUAGGUUUUGUUUCAGGUCAACCCUCAAUGCUUCACCAAGGGCAACAAGCAACUCAAGAGUUUGAUUUUUAAUUCCUGUGCUUUAAAGAGGCAAAGCAAUAUUCUGUUAUGGCUGACUUUCCUCACCUAAACUUAAAACUCUUAGAAUUCUGAUAACAGAACUACACUACUUCAGAGAAGUAGCAAAGAGCAAGAUGUCAGAUCGCAGUUAGUAAAACAGUCAAAUCCAAAAUUGAGUUUUAAGAUAUUUUCUCUAUUGAUAUUUGUACCUAAAAUCAAAUGCAGACUCCAAACACAGUAGUAGUACAACGAGUACAACCAAGGCCUUUUCAUAUUUCGUACAUCUUUGGAGAUGAAAACACUGAAUAUAUUGUAUAUGAGAUUUUUUUAGGGACUAAUGUUUUAUAAUUGAUGCCAUAUUUCGAUUUUGCAACUAUUUGUUUUUAGUUUGUUACCGUGGGAUGUACUUAGCUGAAGGACUUGUGUUUCUGUGUCGAGGUGUGGUCAGAUCGAAUGCCAGGCUAACAGUUUGAGCAGAUAUCGUUGUUGACUUCUCCCCCGAGUCACAUUGAGUCUGUGGUGAAGUCCCAAAUGGAAUGUGGCCACGCUGUACACACCAUCGCGAGCUUGCGAUGCACAACUCCCGGUGUGAAGAGUGUGUGUGAGGAGACACAUUGUCAACUCACACAGGUUCCUCCAUAUUGAGAAUAGAAGUUGCACGUGUUUUCGUCCACUCUGAAAUCCGCUUGGCAUUCGGUCUGAACACUGGUGUCUGUGUCUCUUCCUUCACCAGGGUUCAGGGUUACUGUUGACAUCGGUCAGCGCCUAUUAGGGUUCAGAUUUUCUAGCGGAGGUGCUGACGGGAGCUGGGUUUUGGGCAGGACAAGGUCUAAGGUUCGCUCAAAGCUGAUGUAUACUGCAUGGUGCUGCCCUGGUCGCUGUGCUGACCUGAAGAAUGCAUGGCUCAAACUAACGAUACCUCUCCCUCUCAAUCCUGCUCUUUCUCCUGCGUGUCCCCUUCCUGGAAGGGUUCUCUUUUUCUUUCUUUGAUCUUUAAUAAUGGCCCCGUUGUUUAACUUCUAUUUUGCACGAUAUAUCAUGUAACACAUUAUGUGCCUUGCCUUUAGUUUGAGAACAAUAAUACAUAAUGGAAAAGUGAUCAUACUUUUCAUGGUACAGCUGGUAGCACUUAAAAAAAAAAACACAAAAAAAAGCUGCAUGUAUGAUGGCUUGACAUAAACCAAUGUAGCAGGUUGAUAGUUUUAGGUUAAACAGUGGCAGUGAGAUAGUGAGAUACUGAGUGUGGUCAGCUUUAGCAGAGGCUGGGACUCCACCAAUCCUCUGCCACGACGAAGAACUCUUUAAAGUGUGGCAUUUUGGGAAACACACUUCUUACUCAGUCACACAAGAAGGACAGUGUCUCUUUCCACUCAAGGUCCAUGCACUAACAAUAUUUGUGGCCUUCGACCACUUCUCAGCAGCUGAUUGAGGGGGCUUCAGUUUCAUCCAGUGAUCUGUGUGUUUGGAGCUUUGUUCACAUGAUGACAUAAACUGUAAUGGAGGAGAUCUCAACCCCUACUCUGCUCCAGGGGUCGUGGUCCACCCUCUGCAAUUCAAGUCCAUACUUCAUUUGAUCAUGAAGCUGAGCAAACUGACAAAGCUCAGAAAAAGCUAGUGAGCACGUGACCACUGAGUUAUGAAUAUUCUCCAAGGUCACGACUGAACUCCACACUUCUGGGUACGGCUCGAAAAGAACGGUGGUUCCCAAAAUGUGGCACUGAUCCUUUGAUGGUUGAUUAUCUUCAGUCUGUUUUUAGUUUUUUUUUGCCAUAAGGGUGCUCGCUCAGUGCUGAUCGCACUCAUGGAGCUGAUCUGGUUCAGUGGCUCUGCUCUUUAAAGGUUGAGUGUGUGUGUGUGUGUGUGUGUGUGGACUGAGCUACAUUGACAUUGACACGACUCACACAAGUGUAAAGUGUAAAGGCCUCCUUGGAUCUGAACACGGCACUUUACAAAAGCGAAAACCAUUUGGUUCUCAAAGUAAGGACCUGCCGAAAUGUUCACAAUCUGAGCCAAAGCCACUUUCAGACACUUUGCUCAGUUCUGUCUACAUCUUGUUUUCAGAUUAGGUAUCAAAUACAAUGCAAAUACAUUUCAGAGUAUUUAUUACAUUGGGGUGUCUUAAACUAUAUUGUGAAUAUUUUGUCAGGAAUUUAGCCAAGCUAUGUGGCCAAGCCACUAAAUCCCGUCUAAUGGAAACAUGUUAAACAUGUUGAGGUUUGGGCUUCAAGGCUCUCUGUGAUUGGCCAUUAGAACACCGUCCAUUAGACCAAUCGUGUGACAAGAUACUACAAAAGGCUGUGGAGGAGUUUGAGUUUUUAUAUAGAUACGUGCACUUAACACUAUUCUUACUCAACUCGACUUUUGGGUUCUUUUUGAAUUAUUUCUCGAGUUUUUAUCAUAAUGUUGCUUGUAGAUUUAUAGGUUUGAACACAGCAGUGUGUAUAAAGAAUAUGUGCAACAUAGAAAUGUAACAUGUUUGUUUGUCACAUUUAUGCUUUUACUUUGGCGAAUUCGUCUUAAGACAGUGGCCAAGCCGCAAAAUAUGGGACCCAUGAAAUGGGUGGGCUGGUAGUUAGGUUUGGGCAAGAUGAAUGAUGAUGAAUGAUGAUGGGUGGAACAGGAUGAAGUAGAAUGCAGCACAGUUCUUUUAAUAACACAGUAUUGAGAAAAGUCUGUGACUGGAUCUGACUGCAGUAAAAAAGAUACUGGCAACAUCUUUAAAAUCCCGACUUGCAAUGUUGGACUUCUGUUUGAGAAUUGAUGAAUCGUGCAAAGUUACACAUGCUGUUAUGAUGUGUAUUUUUUUCGCUGUAGCAUCACAGGUAUGGAAAACACCCUAAAAUUGUGCAGAAUCUGUGUUGAAAAUCCUUUGUGUAUAAGAAACGGUGCGGCAUAUCAAUGAAAAAAAAUGUAUACCUCAUCCGAAUAUCUAGAAAAUGGAAUGAAAUAAGGGAGUGGUAAGAAGUGUAAUGUAAGGCAUUUGGAAUAUGACCUGCUAGUAGAUUUGUCUUAUCCUAAAAGUCACUGUUCAGUCACCAUUUAUAAAAUUAUGACCCAAUCCAAAAUGGACCUGAUGACAGUCAGACCAGGUCUGAAUUGACCCAAAGUUAAUGAGACGUGUUGGACCUGAACAGACCAGCAUCUUGGCAGGUGACUGUGGUUCACUGAGGUUGAUGUUUCUGUUGUUUGCACUACAUAAAUAAGAGGAAAAACCUCUGGGCCCUCAAACAAAAAAGAUGGCACAUUUUUAGAGUCUCGAGUUUGAUGGCUCCAGGUCAAAGUUAAGGGGGUGGACACAAUAGCAUCAAAAAGGUUUGAUAUACUGUAGCCAAGGUGGCCACCUGUACAGAGGACGUUUGCAUUAUUUGAAUGCAGUUGUACAGUAUUAGAAACAGUGUAGAGUUUUGUCAUAAUUCAAAUGGUUGUCUCCUUGGCUGUCAGGACCAGGUGAGACCCCUUUGUUUCUGUUUCCCCAAGCCAAGCCAGCAUGCAACUACAAGGUAAAACAGCACGUAGCUCUCAGUAACCAUGGUAUCACAGUUGCCAGGGUCGGUUAUCCAGAAGUCCAAUUUUGAAAUUAACAAAAAAUCAACUUCUGACAUCUGUAAAUUGUCCAAAUCAAGCGAUUAAAUGAACCAAGGACAAUACGUUCAUCACAAAGUUGAACUUCAGCCUCAUGUCAUCACCGUCCUCCACUCGGAUCGUCUCCGUUCAAAUAAACCAGCAGGUCAACGGCAUGGAAACAGAAAAAAGACAACCUAAAAUGAUUUUAAAAAGCAGUGCCUGUCAUUUGACUGCUCCUUUAAUUUGAGUCAUUUUGUACGCGGAGCUUUGCAGUAUGUUUUCUAUUCGACCACCUGGUCGUGUGACACUUCAGCUGAGGGGUAUUGAGAACAUACAGUACACCACCAGUCGAGGGCUGUGCAGAGCCCGAGGUGACGAGCCAUAAAACAACCCACGGAGCUGAAGAGAAUCUAGAGUGAACGCUGACGGACUGUUUGAGUUGAGUGGUCCACGGUUCUUCAUUCAAAUCAGUUAACAAAUGUGGUUGUGUUACUUAGCAAAAAAGUUACCAAAGACAGAAUUAGGAACAAAACAGCAAAGAAAUCCUGACUUGACAGGGAUUCUGUGAAUAGCUUUGAGGCGUUGGCAGAAGUGAACCAGAGUCUUCAUCACACAGCAGCAGUAACAUGGCUGAAUUCCAUUCAUCUGCUCGAGGCUGGCUCUCUGUCCUUCCGACAUACUUUAACCUCUGAAUACUUUCCACCAAUACCAACUUUUACAUCUCUCCCAAACGUACGAACUUUGCGAUAUUUCCAAAUGUUUCGAUUUUUCAACAUUUAGUUAUAUAGUAAUUUGUUUGUUUUUUGCGAAAACUGAAAAUGUGCAUCAAAGCAGCUGGAUGGAAACUCACAUAAUGUUCAUGUUAUCAGCACCAAGUGUCACGUUGAAAUGUCUUCUGUGAAAAGGCUAAAUGGGAUCAUCAAAUCAUUACAUCCAUAUUAUAACUAGGAAUUCUUUACUCGAUUAGUUUAACAAUUACAUUACAUCAGGACUGAAACAACCAUGAUCUUUCAUUGCUGCAUGAUCUUUCGGUCAACAGGUUGUCGAUACCGUCCAAUAGCUACAGGCUACACAAUCAGCUUCACUCUUAUUGUAGUCCCCACACUAGGGCAUCUUCUCACCAUCUUCGUAGUAUGUGACAUAGUGUCAGUGUGUCUGGUGACAAUUGAUUGGUUGUCUGAAUUUUGUGUUCAGAGUCACACAAAACGACUUUAAUUCUCAGUUCCACAUAUCAUGUUAUUGACCGGUAGACAACAACUUGUGCCAAGUAACAAGUCAAUACAAGUUCCCACAUGAGUGGAUGGACACAAAGCACAUGAAUACGGAUGCUGUGUUUGUAUUAAGACCUGAUUCGAAAUCGUUUACUGGUGCAUGAACAUAUUUGGCACAACUUUAUAAUCUACUUCAUAAUCUUUAAUUUAUUUUGAACAUUAGUUAUUCGUCCAUAGAUUUGCACUCCCUAAUGUCAUAUGAUAUGAUAAUAAUAAACUUUAAAUAUAUAGCACUUCUCUUAACAAAAUUACAAAAAGAGGAAAUUAAAGGAACAUCAUUGAAUUGCUCAGAACGGUGAGGUGGAAGUGUUGGUGGCAGGUUGAAAAAAGGUCAGUCACACAUCUGGUAACGAUGAGGUCAUCACUCAUCGGGAUAGAUUCUGUCUCGCAGCGAGGUCCUUCUAGAGUCUUUUUCACUGCGGUACAAACCAUGUGCAAGCACUGUUAUGUUAGCAGAGAAUAACCAAACAGCCCCUCCGGGUGUGUGUCAGUCGAAACCGUCAAGGCUCUGUGACUGUGAUUGUGGGGUUCACGUUCGUACUGUAACGGAGCUGUGGUGAUUCCUGCUCGUCAGCGCGGCAGCAGAUCAACGGCUGAACAAAAGACUGAGGAGUUGUUUUCAAGGAGGGCUCUUUUCUAUAAACUACCAAUGUGACUCUACUCUACUGCUCCUGUUGCCUGAAAACCUUCUAGCUCCAGUUCAUCUUUCUCUCUUGCUGUUUCUUACUUGAAUUGCAAUGCAUUCAUUUUCGAAUGGCCCCGUUCUGUCAACUCAGCUGGAAAACUUUUCUUGGUUACUGGAAAUCAGACUUUGUUACAGCGACACACGUUUUCCCGUGACGGCGAUGCCAUAUCGAUUCCUCUCCUGUGUCCGUGGGUAUGUUGCUCCUGCACACCGUUUACUCCAUGUGCUGGAGACAUUUGUAAUGAUUUAGGUUUUACUGCAGUCUCAUAUUUUAAGGAUUUUUUUUCCCUCAUUUUUACAGAUAUUAUAGUAAAGAACUGCUUUGCUUGCUUCCUGAUAUAUAUCCCCUACAUCAGAGAGAGCAUAGGCAUGAACAACUUUCAUCAGUUUUUGCAUGACUACCAUCCACACAGACACAGGCCUUUUCACAUGACGGUGUACACCAGGCCAUUAUAUAAACCUAUUGGAAUGUUGUCCCCUCUCAUAACUUUUGAUAUGUUUUAUAUUGGAGAUCCCAAUGUAAUAAAAUAAUAGUAGUUGUAUUUCUGACUCCAGACCCGGAGAGUUCACUGGUCACUGUGGAAAGGCCUGCCGCUCUGGACUGGAUGUAGUUUGUUGCAGCUUUAACUUUUAGAAGUACUUUUUGUCCUUUUUGGAUGUUUUUCAGCUGAAGCGAAUAUCAAUAGUCAACAUUUAUUUGCAUGAUUGUAAACUGUUCCUAUGAAAAACAACAUUCGGACAGAGACAGGAAAUUAUGUCAACAGUGUGGCUGAGUUACGUCUGUUAAAGUUCGGACUUCCUGUCCCUGGUUGGAUGAGUGACAGCUGCCUGCACCGGUGUUCCUGGUCUCAUGCUGUUCACCUGCUGUGGGGGAUAUUAACAUCUUUGAUAAUAUGUCAUUAUAACCAUAUUUAGCCAUUGCUAUCAGCAAAUGCUGAUGAAGUCAUUACUGGAAAUGAGUAUGUUUCUCUAUGCAAAAAUAUACCAUAAAUAAACAAAAUAUACCACAACUCAA